GCAACGUCGUCGCCGUCGUCGUUGUGUCGCGCGACCCGCUCACAAACGAGGGACAAUGAAGUUCCAGUACAAAGAGGAACAUCCGUUCGAGAAGAGGAAGGCCGAGGGCGAGAAGAUCCGACGGAAAUAUCCCGAUCGGGUGCCCGUGAUAGUCGAAAAGGCACCUAAAGCAAAGAUCAGUGAUCUGGACAAGCAAAAGUAUUUGGUACCUUCUGAUUUGACUGUCGGUCAAUUUUAUUUUUUAAUUCGUAAGAGGAUUCAUUUACGUCCUGAAGAUGCCCUGUUCUUCUUCGUAAACAACAUCAUUCCUCCAACAAGCGCUACCAUGGGUUCUCUUUAUGCGGAACAUCACGAAGAAGAUUUCUUCCUAUACAUAGCGUAUAGCGAUGAAAAUGUAUACGGUCACUAAACCUCGCAGGAUGAGCAAAUUGCCAAAACAGCAAGGGAUUCAACAACAAAAAUCUACCAUCUACCAACGUAGUCCUCAUAGAGACGCUUUCGAAAACCGAGCAUACAAAAUUACAUCUAUUGAUAUACUUUGUGCGAAAUUUUGUCUUGAUAUUGCAUAUUCGCUUCCAUAAAUCUACCAUAUUCUUGGAUGAUAAAAAAAGAUGCUUGUCGGUUCCAUUCUUUUUGUUCUGCUAUCUAAGAGGGCUUAGUUUAUCGUAUUAUGUAAGAACUAAUUUGUGCAAAUUUAUGUGAUCAUGUAAUAUCUAGCCUGGCCACCUAUAAAAAACAAAAAUAAGAAAAAACCAAAAAAAAAAAUUUGCAUUGCCAUCAUCGUUAACAUUCUCACACAUUCUGUUCUUCAUUGCACAUUACAAUCAUAAUGGUUUUUUUCUUUUUUUUUUUAGACUAGCACCUAUAUCGUGCUGUAUCAUUAUAAAUUUAAAGUAUGGUAUAGAUGGCGGGAAUUCAUUAUAUACGUGAUAUCAUUUUCAAUAAUAUAAUAGAUUAAUGUUGUAUUAUACAUAAUUUUGAUGUUAUUUAAUUAAAAGAACGAAGAAAAAUUGUUGGAUAUGCGAGCGAGAAAAAUUUUCUGUAAUCUUGAAAAUGUAAGGCCAAUAAAAAAAAGUUAAAAACG